AUGUAUAAAUGCAUGGAUGUUAAUCGUUUUCAUUUCAUUGAAGGUGAUACUGAUUCAUCUUAUUGGGCAAUCGCUGGCGACCCAAAUCUUCCUAACACUCAAGCAUUUCAAGCAAUUGUUACCGAUAAACAAUUUUAUGAUAAAAACAUUUUCAAAUUCGCACCAUUUGAUUUCUUCUGUUUUGAUGAGAAAUUUAAACCUAAAUUAAAGAAUAAAGCUGAAGAAAAAGCACAUGAGAAAAAAUUAUUGGGUUUAGCAAUUGAGAAACAAGGUGAUAACAUGGUUGCUUUAUGUCCUAAGUGUUAUACAUCAUUCAACGGUUCAAUUGAUGGAAGUGAUUUUAAAAAGAUUGCACAAAAAAUGAAGGGUGUUAGUUUAAGACAAAAUAAGCAAUUAACACCUAAAAAAUAUUUGGAUAUAAUAAAUGAUAAAGUGAUAUUUGAUGGUCAGAAUAUUAAUUUACAACUUAAAAAUGGGUCAAUGACUCGCUUAACAAUCGGUAAGACUGCAUUAACAGGAGCACACACUAAGGCUGUAUGUUGUGAAAAUGGAUGUUGUAUGCCAUUUAUUUAA